AUGACAGCUCUUUCGUAUCUAACAGGACUAUUGUGUCUCCUAAUAAGUUCUCACGGUAGCCAUGGAGGAGGAUUGUUGAAGGAAUCAAGAGAAAUUGGAAUAAAUGCAACAGCCUUGGCACCUGGUUAUACAUCCUGUCCACCGACAAUCGGAGCAAAUGGCAUUUAUCAAGUUGAAGUUCCUGGCGUUGGAGACUUCUCUGUCUACUGUGAGGCCGAUAUUGCCGGGCCCGGAUGGAUUGUCAUUGCGCGACGCUCAAAUGAUAAGACAAACUUCUUUUUAAAAUGGGAUGAUUACAAAAAAGGUUUCGGAGACUUAUCAGAUGACUUCUUUAUCGGGUUGGAUAAACUCCACGCCAUAACUGCAACACAGAACCACGAAUUGUAUAUUCAGCUGAGAGACCCUGAGGGAAAAAUUCGUUAUGCACGAUACGAACAGUUUUAUAUUGAAAACGAAAACAUGCAAUAUCAACUGGUAAAAGCCAAUGGUUUCUCGGGAGAUGCGGAAGAUGCUUUAAAUUACCAGAAAGGAAUGCAAUUCUCCACCUACGACAAGGAUCACACUAACAGUUGUGUAACCAAAAAAAUGGGUGCUUGGUGGUAUAAUGAUUGCGCUCAAAGCAAUCUUUUCGGCCUUUAUUUGGAUGGUGCAUAUAAUGCGUCUGAAUUGACCGGUAUAUAUUGGAGAUCCUAUAUGAAUAGCAAAACUGUGGUUAUGAUGGUGCGACCCACGUAAACUGAAUUUAGU